GAUAUUGUUUAUAUUAUUCACGCAUUUACCACCUUUUUUAUGUAUUGCUUGAUAUUCGUUCAUUUUAACCUUUUUAAUAAUAAAAUUUUUUUUUACAUUUAAUGUACCCCGUGCCGUAUACAUUUUCGCAGAAAUGAACGCCGUCGUAUAAUACAAAAUCCCAUUUAUUCGAAGCUUAAACUCAGAUUUAUGAAAUGAAAAAUCUUUGUGUAUAUAUCAGUGUGUGUGUGUGUGUCGACAAAAGGAAGCGCCAAGUGAGCUUUAAUAUGUGAAAAUGAUAAAUACAAUAAAAUCGUAAAGUGUUUUUCAACAAAGAAAUUCCAUUAGAUUUCGGUAACGUUUUCAUGCGAUGAAAAUCGAAUGGAAUAAUUCAAUUUGAUUAGAAAUAUAUGGCGACGAAAAAGCGUGUCCUUUUUACUUUGUUAAAUUCUAAUGACGGUGCCAGUGUUUCUCAUAUCCAUCUCAACACGGUCGAUUUAACCGAACAUAAACGGCUAUUAUGGAUACCAAUAUUAGAACUGGUCGACGACGACAAAUCAACGAUAAUACUUGCGCGUGUUUGUAUCAUUUGAUUCGACCGUACGGUUUUGUUACCAGCUUGGUUGUCUGUGGAGUUGGAGUCGACAUAACAGUGCAUGGAUACAGAGCAGGAAUUUAUAUACUAGUAUCAUCAGUGAUUGUAUUUCUGUUAGAAAUUAAAUGGAUUUUCACAUUGUUCGUUCAAUUGCUGUGUACAAACAAUGACUACACAGGCAACUGCGCCAAAUGUUGGAACAUAUGUAAAAUAGUUGGCGGUUGGCGUUUGUCACCACCCUAUAUAGCUCUCGGUGUUGCAUUAAUAAUGUGGCCGCAUAAUUUGUGGUUGAGCUAUGUGGCUGGCAUACAACUGAUAAUACUAGCGAUAUUACGACUGUUCACAAUAUUCCGCUAUAGUGGCGUUGGCAAAGAUGAAGGAUUAUUACCUCAAUACGACGACAGUUUUGAUAAAUCAGACAAUUUGUCUGAAGCUGUCGAUGAUGCAAUGCCAGAACCAGGUCACAGUUUAGAAGACGAAGAGGCUAUAGAUGAUAUAUGACAAGAAGCGAAUGGGGUGAAAGAACCAAUGAACGAUUGCUGAGCUUUGUGAUUUUUUUUAAUGAAAAUAAUUUUAGACAAUAAAAACGAAAGAAAUAAAUAAUUAUUCAAAUAAAAUGUAAGUCCCAAGAUGUGCUCAAUGAUUUAAAUUGUAAAUCGAAGAGACUCAAUUGUUAGGACAUUAUAUAUGGAACUAACGAGUUCGAGAAAGUGUAUAGAAAUGCCAUAAUAAAAUGUAAAAAAAAACCCGAAUUGUAAAUAUUAUAAAGACAUAAUUAUAAGGAACGAAGACCACUUUCAUGCUCUUGUAUUAGAUUUGUCACAAUGUAAAUUUUUUAAUAAAAUGUUAAAUUUCAUUAUGUACAAUAAAUGGUUAUGAGAAAA